AAGCUGAACGAGUUCUUUGUCGGAAUAAUAAAGAGAUAUAUCCGGUUGACACCGGCUUACGUAAUGAUGAUAGGAAUAGUGCAAUUAAAUUCAGUUUGGUACGACAAGACUUCGCAAUUCUACGUUCAGGAAAGACCGCACGAAACUUGCUCGAAAUACUGGUGGAGAAAUGUCUUGUACAUACAUAAUCUGUUUGGUCAUAAUACGAUGUGCUUGUCCUGGAGUUGGUAUCUAUCCAACGAUAUGCAAUUCUUUAUAAUCGGUCAGGCGCUUUUAAUUCUGUCAACUGUAUAUUUUUAUGUGACUGUUGUCGUACUAGGUAUAAUUUUGAUAGGCUCGAUCAUCUUGAGCGGUUAUGUCUCAUACAUUUAUGAAUUUGUUCCAACUUUGGACGAACAGAACAGACUUGCAGAUGUCUUAUACUUUCCACCAUGGAUCCGAAUUGGCCCAUAUAUUAUUGGAAUGAUUACAGGUUACAUUAUAGUAAGAUUUAACAAAAAAAUUGCAUUGAAAAAGAGAACUGUAAUUUUAUAUUGGACUCUUGGUGCUGCUUGCAACAUUUCCGUGUUAUUUGGUCUUUACAAACGACAAAUAUCCGUUCUGCUUAGUGCUAUCUAUGUCGCAUUAAAUAGAACAGUUUGGGCCAUAGGCAUAGCAUGGAUUGUAAUAAUGUGUUAUACUGAGCAUGGAGGCAUUGUUAAGAAGUUGUUAACAUUCAAAGUCUGGAUUCCUUUUAGUAGACUUACAUACUGCGCUUACCUUUUAAAUCCUUUUAUCAUAAAUUCUCUUCGUUUGCAUGAAAUAUCUACUCAUUUAGAAAUUCUGUCCAUGAGCACUAUGACCAUAGGAUACAUUGGGAUUAUUUAUUUCUGUGCCUAUGCAUUAUUUUUAAUGGCAGAAUCACCGUAUAUCUUAUUAAUGCGAAUGUUCACCCAAUCUCGUAAUAGGAAAAAAAUGUAAGGAACACGAGAUUUUGCAUACAUGAUUGCGAUGGAAAUAUUGUAAUAAUUAUAAUUAAAAUUGAAUAGAGCUUAUAAAUAAACUAGGUACAAUUUGCAUGAAUUAUGUGGGAGAAAU